AGGACAGGAACACACUGAUUGGUUAUUAAUCAUGGCGACUACACUGAAAGUCAUCGGUGGACAGGGAGGCGAUCCAUUUAGUUUCACUGGCCUCCACAAUGGUGCCACCCUGAAGAAGAUCGGAGUGGCAGUGGGCGGCUGGCAGAUCAAAGCUGUGCGGGCAGAACUGACCGACGGGCGUGUGCAGACCUUUGGAAAGGGUCACAGUUUCAGUGAGUUUACGUUUGAACCUGGCGAGAGCAUCACCAAGCUGUCCCUGUGGGGGAACGAUGCCGGAACCCGUCUGGGUGGCAUCAAGUUCUGGACGAGUUCUGGAAACAAGUUCUUCGCGCACAUGAAUGGCCAGGUUCUGAAGACCGAGUACUCCAUCGAUGUGGGGUCUGGAGUCUGCCUGGGGUUGGAGGGGAGAUCUGGCUCAGACAUCGACAACAUGGGAUUCGUCUUCAUCAAUGCCAUCAAGUCGUCUGUGCUAACCGACAUAACCUAUCCCAGCCUGGCCAAGUACACACCCCAGGUAAACAAAGAAUAUAUCAAAUCACAUUUUUAUCACAACGGCACUGCUACGGAUCUAGAGCAGAAAUCUACGUACAGCAGAUCUCUGACCAAGUCUACCACCUGGAGCACCACCACUAAGAUUGAGACCACCUUCAGCAUGUCUGUUACUGCACGGAUCCCGGACGUGUUUGAGACGUCUAGUGGGUUUGGCAUGACCUUGGGAGUGGAGCAGACCUCCUCAAUGACCAAAGAAGAGACCAUAACCAAAUCAGAGGAGGUCAAUGUGACGGUCCCGGCAAGAAAGACUGUGAGCGUUGAGUUUUCAAUUGGACGAGCAGUCAUCAACCUCCCCUUCUCGGCCACAGUGAAGAUCACAUGCCUGAAUGGCAGCGAGCUGCAGUUCAAAUCCACCGGCAACUACAAUGCAGUGGCUUUCACUGCAGUGGAUGUAAAAACCACUGAGUCUGAUUAUUUGAACGAUGGAGAAUAAGAUGCAUCAACAUCUUACUGUGCACAGUUUUUAUAUUGAUUGCAUAACAUUGGUUUGAUUGCUAAUGUAGAGUGACUGUCGCAGAUAAAUAAAUCAUAAUCAUAAACCU